CAAAACUGUUGUCUCCUCAUUCACGACCAGGGGAAACAAGUGUCUUUGAAUAUGUUGUUAAGGAGAGAAAUAUUCAGAUUCUAUAACUGUGCUUCUAGACUUUUCUACUUCAAACGACUCUCUUUACUCAGGUCGUUAAUCCUCAUCUUUUUACUCAGCAUUGUCUCUAGCCUAUUUUUCUUUUAUCGCUUGAUGGACUCGAGUAUACACUCACCACGACCCAAUCCACCAGUGCCUCAUAUCAUAUGUCAUGUGCGACCAUCUAAUGCAGAUCAUGAAAUGCAAAGUCCUAGGCAUCAUAAAACAGAUGAUCGUUUACGACUUGCACAUAGAGCCCUUUUGAUUACUGAGGUGCCAAAUUCAAAAAAUGGCCAAAAAAUUAGAUAUUUCCUCAAUUCCUUACGCAUUGAAGUGAAAUUUGAAUCCAAAUCAAAGCCCAUACCAACUUUGACAAAUAAGAAGUCUGGUCGAUUUGCUGUGAUUAUUUUUGAAAAUUAUAACUCAUACCUUGAGUUGGAUAGUUGGAACAGACAACUUAUUGAUAAAUAUUGCCAUGACUACCAUGUAGGUAUUAUUGGAUUUGUAAAGCCUUUGGAGGGUACAGAAGGAGGAUCUACAUAUGUUGAGAACUAUCAUAUUUCAUUUCAAUACAAUUUAGAAUUAGAAGACUAUAAAUUAAACACAGACUCCAGUCUUUGGCGAGUUGUAAGACCCGGGGAGGUAUGGAGAGGCACUUUGCCAGAUACUUGGACAGUAUUUCAUAGCAACCAUUCUACUUAUGAACUAUUAGCUUUUUCUAAGUUGUCAUCACAUUUCUCAGAAGCUGAGGUUGAAGAUUCAAAAGACUUUGAGAAAUUCAGAUAUAUUACAUCAGUUCUCGAUACCGGGGAAAUAGAUGGAAUCCCAAAAGUAUUAUUUGGAAGUGAUUUAAACUUCUGGCUACAUAAUGUUAUUAUGAUGGAUGCUCUAUCCUAUUUGUCAUUUGGAAGGCUGGAACAAAAACAGGAGCGAUACAUUCAGAUUGAUGUGGAUGAUAUAUUUGUGGGAAAAGAAGGAAUACGUAUGAAAGUUCCAGAUGUUGAGGUAUAUAAUGUCAAAAUUUUUUAUGAUUGUUUGAUAUUGUUCCAUUGUUUAUCUUAUAUUUCAUCCCAAAAUUUAUUCUUUAAAAAAAGGUUUAGAUGAUAGUUUUCAAAUUACAUUUCAAAGAAAACUUUUUGACAUUUUAAAUUUAAAUUUCUUUUUUAGCAGCAUGUUAUUAAAAAAAAAUCAUCACUAUCUGAUUCUUAUUUAUCAUUAGGCUUUGGUGGCAGCACAAGACCGUCUUCAGAAGGAAAUAGAUGGGUUCCAAUUUAACCUUGGGUUUUCUGGUGGAUUUUUCCUGUUUGGUACUGAGGAGGAGGAUGAUGGGGACAGAAAGUUGAUUGGUUUGUUGUCAUUCCAUUUGAACAUUUGUUAAAUAAUGAAGAUUUUAAAAAAUGUAGGACUUAAAUGUUGUAAUGAACAAUAAAAUGUUUUUUAAAAUUUUUACAUGAGAUCCAUCCAUCAAUAACAGUUAGUGCUUUUGCAUAACACAAACUUUCUUUAACACCAUAUAUUAUUUGUCUGUGCCCCAAAACAAUGGAAUUCUCUCCCAUUACACAUCUGCAAUAUAACGACUAUCCCAGCCUUCAAAACUGCCCUCAAGACCCAUCUCUUCAAACUGUACUAUACCAAAUCAUUCUCACCCCCCUGUAACUGAUAAACAACACUCGAUGCUGCUGGGUGCUGUCCAUGGCUAAACAGGGGUAGAUAGUACUUGGGUGGGUGAGGUCAAGCUUUUCACCAAUUGUUGUUUUUAAAUGUAUAAUUUUCUAUAAUUGCUAAUUACACAGUUACCCUAGCCUUAUGCUGUGGUACUGUGCUAUGUAAAGCCACCUUAAUAAUAUUAAUAAUAAUAAUAACAUAAGGGUUCAAAGCAUGAUUUCGAAUUCUUUUAAUAUGCAGAGUACAGACACAGAUUCCGGUGGUUCAGUCACAUGUUUAGACAUGAACAGCCUCAUAAGUUUCCUAAAGAUUAUGUAGAAAAGGCAAUGAGGCUUAACAAGCAGUUUGCAGAGGUAUGUGAUUCUGUCUGUUUUAUAAUAUUGAUUUGAUAAACCUUCAUGACUUACUUUAUGUUGUUACGCACUGACUUGUAUUGGGAGAAAUUAAUCUCCUAUUUUAAUUUUAAUUGGCUCGUUGUAAACAGUGCCUAACAAAGGACGAUACCAUAUAAUCAACAAUAUUAAAGAUACGACCCAAAACAGCACUGACUUGUAUUGGGAGAAAUUAAUCUCCUAUUUUAAUUUUAAUUGGCUCGUUGUAAACAGUGCCUAACAAAGGACGAUACCAUAUAAUCAACAAUAUUAAAGAUACGACCCAAAACAGUUUCUAGUCACAAUUAAUAAAGAUUUAUUAUCUCUUAAGAUAAUUACAAAAUAAAAUAAAAUAAAAUUACAAUCUUCAACUUACAGUAUGGCAGAUGUCGUACCGGUACACAGUUAAUACAAUUAGAAAGAAUGAUGCCAAUAAAUAAUACGAAAUAAACACAUAUAAGUAGGAGCACACAACUACACAAGGAAUAAAACACGCCUCGUAAUGUUAAGAGAAUCUAUAAGAAAAUCUCCGUCCGUCCCUCCUCGUCCGUGCCUGUCAAUCCUUUAAAUAGGUGGGUCUACCGACGCCUAAGCCCUGCCUUCGAUAAGCUUCUAGAAAAAUCAAAAUCAUUCUACAAAAUACUAUUUGGAACAGAUUAAUUAUUUUCAUUCGUUGGCGGCGUCAACAAGAAAUACAUCAAAGACCUAAGCCACACCCCUUUGUGAACACAGCGUCUCAUGCGGGGUCAAUCAGAGGGCACGUACGAGAAAUAUUGUGUAAACAAGCUCUCUAUAACAAUGUGCUCAAUCAAGUGACCUCAGAACACUAUGCCUAUACUAAGUCUAGUGACCAGAACUUAUUUACUACUGUGUAACAAAGGGCAAAGUAGAGUGGGUUGAAGAUUUAUUUUGAUCUCUACCCAUUGAGAUAACUGUUUUCUAUGUAACAGUUAGAUUACUUUAUCUAAAUAUAUGCAAACUUACAACCAAUACUAUUUAAUUCUUCCAUUAGAGAAGAAGUCUGUUUGUGAAUGUUUGAAUAAAAACUCAAAUUUCAUGAGAAAACCAAUAAAGUUGCAACUAUUUCUCAUUGAUUAUUUAGCUAUAUUUCAAUUAGUAUUUCUUUGAACAAAAUUAAAAAAACUGCAGUUCUAAUCACAGCUUUAUUAUUAUAACAGAGUUACUUACUUUAACUGUAUAUUAUGGUAAGUACUGGUGGGAAUUAUAUUUAGAAAGAGGCCUUCCAUGGCUAUCAAUGGACUUGGAGUCAUUCUGAUGAAGUUUUUUAAGUAAACUAUGGAAGUUCACUUUGAAUAAGUAUUCAGAGUUAUGAACGUUUGCUUAAAUAUAUGUAAAGUAUAUGUGGGAUUUGUCUUGCUGUAUGUAUAUUUGAAAACAUCCUUUAUUACCAUUUUCUGAGAUGUUUGUCCUGAAACAUUACAUUGUAAUACAAAUAGAUGGAUGCAUACAAAUAAAUGUAUGCAUAGCUUUCCUUCCUUGCUAUAAAUUUAAACUUUAAUUUACAAUAAAUAAAAUGGAAACCAAUAUUUAAUUCACUUGAUUAUUAACUUACAUCAAAAGGUUGAAAGCAAAAAUUAAAAUGACAAUGUUACUUUAAAUAAGGGGAAAAAAAGCAUUUAUCCGUAAAUAAAUAUUUUAGAGGUCCAAGAUGUUUGUUGACCCAUCUGUAGAACUGUUAGUUUUAGGUAAACCUGAUAUGACAGCUUCAUAGUUGUUCUAUUGCCCUUCAUACUUCAAUUUUAAAAAAAAAAGAAGACUGAAGUGACUAAGGAAGGAAUUCUCUAAUGAAAUAAUAGUGCUUUGCUUAAAAAAUCUGCUAUGAUGGAAGUUGGAAUCAAAUUGGUCUUAUUUUGAUGUUUUUGUUUUUCCCUUUUAAUGUCAUACUAUAUGUUUAUUACCAUGGGAUCCCCUACUAAUUCUUGUUGGUUUUCACAUUUUUUGCAUGCAUUAAGUUAUAGGGUACUUUAGAAUAUAACAAAAUAUAUUUAAAAUGUGCCUAGCAGAUUAUGGCAUAUCAUCAUAUUCAUUAAUUUUGGGUCAUUUUAAAUUAUUUCCAUUAAUCACAAAUUAAUUAGAAAUAUAAUUCUGUUUACAAAUAUGAGAAUAUGUGUGUGCUUUUGAAGCCUUCUUUGUUACCAAUAUACAAACUACAUUCCUAUUACUUAUAUAGUUGACGAUUGGCAGCAGCUUAAUCAAAAUGUUCAGUACAUUUACAACUCUACAGCUUGCCAGUCAGGUGUGUCCUAGUGACACAGCAAUCAUCAACCAUCAAUGUGCCCUUUGGCAGACAUAUUUAAAAAAAUAUAUAAAAUAUAAAAUCAUUGAACGAUUAGUCUUUUGACCUAUAGCAUGCCAGAGACAGGAAAAUUUAACUUUCGACUGUAAGCUAAGUAAAAAAAUCACUUUUCUUUACUUGUACUAGACCACUCUUAAACUUAAGCUUUCAAAUGCUGACUCACUUUGUCCAAAUUGUUCACACACACACAUUUUCUGUACGCCCUAAAUAGCUCUGGAAAGGCAAUAAAUUAAUACCUUUUGGUAGUGCAUAAUUAAGCAUGCAGACUGUUAUAAAUUAAAUAAUGUUGAAAUGUACUUCUUCACUGUUUGAAUAAAUCUGGUUUUUUAAAGACUGUAAAUUAAUCUUUUAUAGAUAAUGGCAAACAGUAACAUUUUAAAAUUACUUUAUGAAAGGAAAAUGAUAUAAAAGUGUAUGGACAGUAUGCAGUAGCACCCCACCAUUCUGGUGUGUACCCAGUUUAUGAGCCACUGUAUUCUUCAUGGAGAGAGGUUUGGGGUGUUAAAACAACCAGCACUGAGGAGUACCCAAAACUGUUGCCAUCUUGGAAGCGCCGAGGUUUUAUACACAAAGGAAUAAUGGUGAGAAGCCAUCAUCUUUUAUUAGCCAUAUCCGGUAGCUGGCAUAUAGCUCUGAAGGCUCUAAAAUAACAAAAAUUACUGCAGCCCAUGUUAAAAAAUGUUCUUGGCUAAUUUUUAUUUAUAAAAUAAUAUUUUCACUGGACUGAAGCUGUUUCCCAAACUUCUGUGUGCUGUUUCUAAAAUGUUAACAAAUUAUUGCAGCAAUAAUGCAAUCUUUUUUUUUUUUUAAACAUAAUACCCUGCACUUUAGACAUUAUUUAAUCGUAACAAAUAAUAUAGCUUUUUUAAUGUCUCAGAUAUUAAUUUUCCUUUUUAAUUGUAUAUAAAGACAGUGAAGCAAAUGCUUAAAUGGAAUCAUUGUUUAGCAUGUUUGGGAUAAGCUCCUUCCAAAAAAAUAUUUUUUUUAAAGUUCUUUUAAAGACAGAGAUUUCAAUAAAUUUAACAAUGAUUAAUCUUAUUUUUCUAUAACUUUUGUUAUACAAUCUAAUGAAAUAUUCAAAUGAAUUUUUUUAAACUUUCUUAAAUUUCAGGUUCUCCCAAGGCAAACUUGUGGGCUAUUCACCACAACAGUAUUUAGCUCUGACUUCAGAGGGGGGCUUGAAGGUCUUGAUGCAAGUAUUCAGGGGGGUGAAAUUUUUCAAACAGUGCUUACAACACCAGUAAGAAUCAGCAGUAAACUAUUUAAAACUUAGAAAAUUAAAAAGGUGUUAAGAAAAGCAUAUGAGGUUAAAUGCUACUAUUUUGAUGUUUUGUAUAUUCAGUGGUUAGUUGAAGAACAAAAUAUUAACAGUGAUUAACAAAAUCAUUUUACAGCUCAAAAUAAUUAAGAGUAAAGGAUGAUCCUGGAUUUAUUAUUUGUUUCAGAUAAAUAUUUUUAUGACUCAUUUAUCAAACUAUGGCAAUGACCGCUUGGCGUUAUACAUGCUCGAAAGUCUGGUCAAGUUUGUGAAGUGUUGGACUAAUAUGAAGCUUAUUUCAGUACCUCCAGUUGAAUUGGGUCUUAAGUACUUUGAAAUGUACCCAAUAGACAAGGAUCCAAUAUGGACGGUUUGUAACUUUUCUAUUUUCCAUUAUUAUCUAUUACUAUUUUUAAUUGACAAAAAUAUAUUUAACAAAUUUUUUAACUGAGCAUACAGUCCACAAAAUAUGUGGUAGCUUUUCAUGUUUUUUUUUUUUCAUUUCCAGAACCCUUGUGACUAUAAUAGGCAUCUUAGCAUAUGGCCAGAUAAUAAAACUUGUGACCGAUUACCCCAUUUCAUUGUUGUGGGCCCUCAAAAAACUGGUAUGAAUUUAUUAAGGAAAUUU